AGCUUCGGCGGUCGCUCAGUCGUGGAAGGUGUGGCAGGUCGGGGACACUCGCUGUGCGCAGUCCGCCAUGAAGGCCCGCUUCGAGACGUCGGCUGUGGCGCUGGCGGUGUGGGCGGCGGCGGCGUGGUGCUGCGGGUGGCUCCCCGCCGCCAGGGGUGCCAACAUCCUGGCCGUGUUCCCGAUGGAGGGCCGCAGCCACUGGAUCGUGAACCGCGAGCUGCUGGUGGAGCUGGCGCGCCGCGGCCACAACCUGACCGUGCUGACGCCCUUCCACGAGCCGGCCGACCCCUGGGAGAUCGUCAAGCCGACCGCGCAGCUGGCGGGCAGCACCAAGUUCGACUUCCUGGGGUACGGGUCGCUCUCGACGUUCACACAGUUCGUGAUCCUGUUCCACAUGGGCACGGACUUCUGCCAGCGCCUGAUGGACGACCCGGUCGUUCGCGAGCUGAUCGACUCCCAGGAGCGGACGUACGACCUGCUCAUCAUGGAGACGUUCUUCCACGACUGCUUCUUCGCCUUCUCGCACAAGUACCGGGCGCCGACUGUGCUCGCGUGCGCCUUCGGCGGCGGCAACACCUGGAUCAACUACGCGGUCGGGAACCCGUACCCGCUGUCGUACCUGCCCGAGGGCGGUGUGGCCUACACGACCCGCAUGAGCCUCUUCCAGAAGACCUACAACUCUCUGCUCUCCCUCGCACUCAACCUCUACCGGGAUCUGGUCUACUUCCCGGCCCUAGACGAGAUCGUGCGCAAGGCCUUCGGUGACCCGAGCAUGCCCCCCCUGGCGGAGAUGGAGCGCAACAUGUCCCUGCUGCUGCUCAACAAUCACUUCAGCUUCGACUACGCGAGGCCGUUGGUGCCCAAUGCUGUGCAGGUCGCUGGGAUGCACAUCAAGCCUCCUAAGGCCCUCCCAAAGGACCUGCAGGAGUUCAUGGACGCCGCCACCGAGGGUGUGGUCUACUUCAGCAUGGGUAGCAACAUCAAGAGCGCCGACCUGUCCGAGGAGUUGCGAGCGGUCUUCCUGAAGACGUUCGCCAGGCUGAAGCAGAAGGUGCUCUGGAAGUUCGAGGACGACUCACUGCCGAACCAGCCGCCCAACCUGAGGAUCAGCAAGUGGUUUCCACAGAGCGACCUGCUCGUGCACCGCAACGUGCGGCUGUUCGUGACGCACGGCGGCAUGAUGAGCCUGCAGGAGGCGCUGUACGCCGGCGUGCCGCUGCUCGGCUUCCCCAUCUUCGGCGACCAGGAGGCCAACCUGGUGCGGGCGCGCGACGCCGGCUUCGGCCUGCUGCUGCACAUCAACAACAUCACCGAGCAGUCGCUCGGCUGGGCCCUCGACCAGCUGCUCGGCGACCCCAGGUACGCGGAGAGGGCGCGCCAGUGCUCGCGGCUGUUCCACGACCGGCCGGAGCCGCCGCUGCAGCUGGCGGCGCGCUCCGUCGAGUACGUGCUGCGCCACGGGGGCGCGCGCCACAUGCGGUCCGCGGCGCUCGACCUGCCCUGGUACAGCCUGCUGCUGCUAGACGUCGCCGCCUUCCUGCUGCUGUGCGCCGCGGCCGCCGCCCUGGCCGCCGCCCUCGCAGUCCGCUUCCUCGUGCGGAAACUCGCCGGCACAGCCGGCGCCGCACCUGAGCGGGGAAAGAAGACCCAGAAGAAGGACUGAGCGCUGCGGGGCCGUCUGCAGGCACCGUCCCACGUCACUUCGAGACAGGCGUCGCCGCAGUUGGGGACCGUUUCGACAAAACUCGGCAGACGCCACUUUUUUUCGUUCCUUAACUGUGCUGGCGUAAACUCUCGCCAGCACACCGGUCGUCAAAGCUGAAGCGCAAAGAUCGGUAGUAGGAGCUGCAUCGAGCUCGCCUGUCAGGAGAGAGGCCAGACACACACGCACAACAGACCACACGUCGGUCGCAAACUCUCGCGAUAGGCGCGCUCGAUCUAGCGCCCACUAUCGAUCUUUACGCUUCAGCUUUUCCGACCGGUGUACUGGCGACAGCUUACGCCAGCACGUCAACGGAUUUUGGUACUUCUAUAGAAGACUCACACAAUGGUUUAAAAGAAUAUACGACAAAACUGAAUAUUCGCUCUUGUAAAAUGCUCCCGAAUGUAGUAAAUUUUGAUAAAACUCGACCAUUUUUCUUAAAACUCCACCAAUCUUGUUCUAUACUCCAUUGUUGAAACUUGUUGUUGUUGUUGUUGUUGUGGUCUUCAGUCCUGAGACUGGUUUGAUGCAUCUCUCCAUGCUACUCUACCCUGUUGCAACGUAUAAUCAUCGAUGUAUUGAAAAAUAUCUAUUGGUAGUCUUAGAAGACCUCGAGUUGCUAUCAGACUUACGUUGGCUCUGUUUAAACGCGCGGUUAUGACCCCAGUAUCAUUUGCAUCGAAAUUAUCAUUACACUCUAAUUACUAAACAAAAAUAUUGUGAUUGCUAGCUACGAAAUCAAUAAUGCGGCGAUUAGCAUAUGAUACCAAAUUAAGAUUUAUUCAGAACAGGAUGAGCAAUAUUUCUAGCCUAACAUGACAAUCCAGUACACUCGCUAACCUAAUUAGCCUAUCAUUGGUACAAUGCAUCCUCUUUUCCUAACUACUUAAGUCAACACUGAACCCGCAAGUGACUCUAUUGAAGUUCUGCCUGAACGGACACGGACUCAGAGAGCGCCAGUCAAAGAGCUAGCGGAAUACGAACUCAUUUAGAAUUACAGUGCCCUACUUUGGUUGAUGAUUGCUAAUAUCACCGUAAUUCUCCGUGAUGAUUACGACGGUCGGCCCAGCCAACGUCGUGAUGCCGUCUUUCCCGUGAGCGAGCUUGGCUUUAAUCUCCAACGUGGACGUGGUUUGCGCCCGUAAACUCCUGUACGUAAGUGUUCAAUUGCGCAGCCCGUCACUAAUCAAUACUCAAGCUACUUACUUGCACAUAUGCCAAGAGUAGUUGGUCGACUCAAGUGCGCAGCAGCAAAGGUACCUUUCAGAUUGCAUAUGAACACCACAAGUUAGUUCAAAUCUGUUUCUCUCCUCAGAGGAACAGAAAAUGCUACGUGUGUGGAGUCGUAUGCUCUAAACUAUCCAGCCUUGGAGAGUAACCACUGGACUCAAUGCCGGUAACUUCUCCAACCUACUUCUCUCCACGCUCUCCAAGCAGGGCAGCCAGACACCGCGACUGCUCUCUUCCACAGCCGACCCCAGAGUCGUCCAUCAGAGUUUUUGCAAACCUGGCCGUUCUACGCCGCAUGGAUCCGUGCGCGUUUGUACCCAACCACGACACGGAAUUCUCCCGCGGUUACUGUUGCUGCCAAACUUUUAACACGUAUCUCUACGCGCUCUGCGCCAAUCCCGUCACAGUAUCCCACAAAUUUUCCACUGUGGCGCGAAAUCGUCUUUCUCUCUUUCGCAUAUAGCUCCUUCUCACUUCUUGUUGUGAUGGCCCAGCCUCUCCGAACGUCUUUGGUGGUCUGAAGUGCCAGCCGACAAAGGGGUCCGGCCGCGGCCAUCUCUUUAGUCGACAUGACACACACAACUUCCUUUUCUGUGUCCAUUCUCUCCUACCGGUGGACCAAUUAUCAAUUAUUAUUCGGUGUAUUAAUACUGAUUUAGCAUCAUGUAAGGUACAAAAUCUGCUACCUUACACUGUGCAAGCUUCAUCUCCCAGUACCUACUGCAACCUACACCCUUCUGAAUCUGCUUAGUGUAUUCACCUCUUGGUCUCCCUCUACGAUUUUUACCCUCCACGCUGCCCUCCAACACUAAAUUGGUGAUCCCUUGAUGCCUCAGAACAUGUCCUACCAACCGAUCCCUUCUUCUAGUCAAGUUGUGCCACAAACUCCUCUUCUCCCCAAUUCUAUUCAAUACCUCCUCAUUAGUUAUGUGAUCUACCCACCUUAUCUUCAGCAUUCUUCUGUAGCACCACAUUUCGAAAGCUUCUAUUCUCUUCUUGUCCAAACUAUUUAUCGUCCACGUUUCACUUCUAUACAUGCCUACACUCCACACAAAUACUUUCAGAAACGACUUCCUCACACUUAAAUCUAUACUCGACGUUAACAAAUUCCUCUUCUUCAGAAACGCUUUCCUUGCCAUUGACAGUCUACAUUUUAUACCCUCUCUACUUCGACCAUCAUCAGUUAGUUUGCUCCCCAAAUAGCAAAACUCCUUGAAAUUUAGAACACAAAAUUUAGAUGUUAAGUUUAAUAGCCUUUACACUCGCACAUGCUAAUUGUCACGCAACCGCACAACAUCCUGCGAGAAAAACGGACUCUUUGCUAAAUGUCUCUUGGACAACAAUACGUAUUGUCCCACUUAAUUAUCUCCCGUGUUGAGUCACUGUUUUACUACGAGACAAGUAGCUACUGCAAUAUACCCCUGUUCAGACAUCAUUAAUAAGAUGUUAGAACAUUCGGGAGAUUCUGAAACAGUUCACGAGGUGAAAAGUAAAAGAUAAAGCAUGAGUCGUCAACGUCAAAAGAGAGAGAAGUGCGCAGUUGCACCAUCAAAUGAAGAUCUCAAUAUGUAACUGUAGUGAAACAACAUCUGAAGCAGGAUAUUUGUGUUUCAAUAAUCUUAUUCGUUUUAGAGCUAGCCUGUAUGUAAACAAAACAAAGAUUUUACGGGAUGAUUUCUUACUACGCUUAGUAUAAGUACAUUAGACUUUUCCUGGUCAAUAAAUAUGCGCAAGAUGGAAAUAAUUCUAAUGGAAGUUAGACAUCCAAAAUAAAUGAGUCUGCGACGAUUUCUUGCUUGUGCUAAACUUUUCAGGGCCGAAAAGCCACGAUAAUUUUGAACUCCUACAAUUUUUCUUUUAUUAACUCGAUAACGACACAUCCCACCAAAAAUUAACAAAAUCGGAAUGAAAGAGCAUAAAAUUUCGCAUAGGGUUCUCUACCCAAGAUCAAUUAGCGGUUCACCUGUUUAGCCACAAUUGAUUGUCAAAAAUCUCCAAUUUUUAUCAGUUUUGCGGGACAGUGAGUUAUGCUCGUGGUCCUAGACCAAUAACUCAAAAACGGCUUCUCCAAAUGAAAAGUGUCUCACACAAGAGGUGUAGAUCAUCAAUCUCUGCAUAAAAAGAGCUUCUAUAUUUUAAAAUUCACUCACUCCUUGGCAAAGGUACGAAUAAGAAUGUGAAAGUAAUAGUAGAGCUAAGAGAAGAAACGCCCGUGCAAACAUGAAUAUGUUGGGUUUUGUAAAAAUUUGUAAUUUAUAACUUGUUUUUCCUCAAUGAAGAAGGUUAGCCGGCCGAAGUGGCCGUGCGGUUAAAGGCGCUGCAGCCUGGAACCGCGAGACCGCUACGGUCGCAGGUUCGAAUCCUGCCUCGGGCAUGGAUGUUUGUGAUGUCAUUAGGUUAGUUAGGUUUAACUAGUUCUAAGUUCUAGGGGACUAAUGACCUCAGCAGUUGAGUCCCAUAGUGCUCAGAACCAUUUUUGAAGAAGGUUAAAGAUGAACUUCGGUUUUUCCCUAUCGACCUCUAUCUACAUGGAUGACCAGUAUUACAUUUUUCAAAUUGUUCGAAUCAGUCAAACUGAGUACAGCUAAAGAAUACAUCUUUUGUAAAAUUCUGUAAAUGGCGUUUGUUGAGUUUUGUUAAAACGGUCCUCGAUUAGUUAUCGAAUAUCUGUGGUCUCGGGAGCGGCAUGGAAGAGGCGACUCAUGGACCACGGUGCCUUCCCUCUUUUCCUCCCCCCCCCCCCCCCCCCCCUCCCCGCCACAACCCCCUCGGCUUACGUAAAAAAAAAGAAAAACCCCUCCCGUGCCCACCGUCUGCAUCUGUCCUGUAAAAUCCGCUGCAGCCUUCCCUCCCCUCCCCUCCCCUUGAGAGAUGGUUUGUUACCCCCCGCCCCCUCUCCCGCCUUCCUCACUGACCACCUUCCCUCCAGCUUCACCAAAAACCGCAUUCUAUGAACAGUGUAAAGUAAAUAUUGUGACAGUUUAACCCUUAACUCACGAGGUAACUUUUCUGUAACGUAUACUACGAAGUGGGGUCUCAGACACUUCAGUUUAAAGUGAGAUUAAAUGCCCCAAUCAUUUGAAAUUUGUAAUUUAACUUAUAUAACAUUUAUUUCUACAAUUAUUUAAGAGCUGUUUAAAUACUCCUUCUUGAAUUUAUUGCACUAAACAAAGCCUAUAGUAUUUUCCUUUUUAUCGCACAAAAUCACAUAAUUUUUUACAAUUUUUUGAAUAGUGCUUGUAAACGAAACGUCAGAGAACUGAAUUUUACGUUCUAAAAAAUUAUGGUAUUUCUGUAGCAAGUACAUUUUCACGUGAAACUAACUGCCAGGAUUUAAACUUGUUCGUAAAAGCUGGCCUCCAUAGGUUCAGAAAGAAAGUCUGCAAAAUUGCCAUUCAGUGCAGGAAUAUACAUUCUUCUUUGUCUCCACUCAGAAGACAUUUGGCUUUAACUAACACCUUAUGUACAUUACUGGAGGAACAGAAAGGUCCCCAUUAGAAUCGUCCUUAAGUUCUUCUGCUGAAUGAGGCUCCGUUAGCAGAACUGUGAUCACUUGGUCUUGUAAACUCAUCGUCUUUUUCGUCUGCUCCUUGAUCUAAUACUGGCAUCUUUCUCUAUCUACCGACUGACAGUUUAAUCAAACUUAGGACCAUUGACAGUGACGCGUUCCUGCGAACACAUUUUGUAAACAAGUACGUGGUUUAUGAGGUGCGGUCUAGGAGGCCCCAACAAGUGUCAGCGACAAAGAAGGCGAUGCUGCAACCGACAAGGAAUCAUUGUAGGGUUGCCGAUUUGAGGAGGACAGGGGGAGGGCGGUGCAGAAACGUUCAGCCAGAACUGACCUCGGAGUCAGAAAUUUUUUACGCGGACUAAGAUAAUACACCUCGUGAGUUAAAGGUUAAUAUCUACCAAAUUGCGUCUUAGCAGUAAAUAAUUUGAGAGGUUGUACAACUAUUGUAAUGUUUUUGGAAAGCUCCGUAGUUUUUAUGUGACCCUCUACCCAGUGGAGUGAGACGGUCGGAACAAUAAUAAAACCAUAAAGUAAACGGA